AGGUUUGAAAAUCACCCCACUUUAAACCCCUCCCCGCCGCAGCCCGUUGAAAUGCGCUGACUCCAGCCCCCCGGCGCUGGCCAGCAGAGCGGGCUCCCGGCUCCGGAUUAAAGGGCGCCCAGGCCGGCCGCUGCACGGAGAGGCGCCCCCGGGGGAAGCCGGCAUGGGGCAGGCAGGGGUCGCAGCCUCCCAGCUGGGGCUGGCGCUGGGGCUGGGGCUGCUCGUCCUGGCUGCAGGCGCAGCUGAGGAGAAAUGCAGUAAGACCGAGUUCCAGUGCCAGGAUGGCAAGUGCAUCCCCUCCAAGUGGGUGUGCGAUGGCAGCCCGGAGUGCAAAGACGAGUCUGACGAGUGGCAGGAGACCUGCAAGUCGGUGACGUGCAAGUCGGAGGAGUUCAGCUGCGGGGGCCGCGUUAACCGGUGCAUCCCGGCCUCCUGGAGGUGCGACACCAAGGCGGACUGCGAGAACGGCUCAGAUGAACAGGAUUGCCCCCCCAAGAGCUGCAUGGACGACCAGUUCCAGUGCCACAGCGGGCAGUGCGUCUCCUUGUCUUUUGUCUGCGAUGAGGACCACGACUGCGAGGAUGGGAGUGAUGAGGCUGACUGCCCGGCCCCGACCUGCAACCCCAACAUGUUCCAGUGCAACAGCUCCCUCUGCAUCCCCAAGCUAUGGGCCUGUGACGAUGACCCUGACUGCCCGGACGGCUCCGAUGAGUGGCCCCAGAACUGCGGCGGGCGGGUGGCCCCUGCCCCCAACCCCUGCUCGCCACUGGAGUUCCACUGUGGCUCCGGGGAGUGCAUCCACGCCCAGUGGCGCUGCGACGGGGGCUUGGACUGCCGGGAUCAAUCAGAUGAGGAGAACUGUGCGAAGCCCACGUGCCGCCCGGACGAGUUUCAGUGCGGUGACGGGGCCUGCGUGCACGGCAGCCGGCAGUGCGACAAGGAGUAUGACUGCAAAGACCUGAGUGACGAGGUCGGCUGUGAGAACGUGACUGCCUGCGAAGGGCCUGACAAGUUUAAGUGCCGCUCUGGGGAGUGCAUCGCUCUGGACAAAGUGUGCAACCGGCAGAGGGAUUGCAGGGACUGGUCCGACGAGCCCAUCAAGGAGUGUGAUACAAACGAGUGCCUGGCCAACAAAGGCGGCUGCUCCCACAUAUGCAAAGAUCUCAAACUUGGGUACGAGUGCCUGUGUCCUGAGGGCUACCAGCUGGUUGGCCAGAAGAAAUGUGAAGAUAUUGACGAGUGUCUGAACCCUGAUACGUGUAGCCAGACCUGCCUGAACCUGGAGGGAAGUUACAAGUGUGAAUGUAACGAAGGAUACCAAUUUGACCUCACUACCAAAACCUGCAAAGCCAUCGGCACCAUCGCGUACCUCUUCUUCACCAACCGCAACGAAGUGAGGCGCAUGACGCUGGAUCGCAGCGACUACGGCUACCUCAUCUCCCACCUGAAGCACGUGGUGGCCUUGGACUUGGAAAUCGCUGAGCACAAAAUCUACUGGUCUGACCUGUCUCAGAAGAAAAUCUACAGCACCCAGAUAGACCAGGCUGACAACUCCACCCACCACACCACUGUGAUCAGCACCGGCCUCCAAGCCCCCGACGGCAUCGCCAUCGACUGGGUCCACGGGAACAUCUACUGGACGGACUCGGCGCUGGGCACCGUCUCUGUGGCCGACCGGGAGGGUGCCAAGAGGAAGACCUUGAUCCAAGAGCCCGGCUCCAAGCCACGUGCCAUCGUGGUGGACCCCAGCCACGGCUUCAUGUACUGGACAGACUGGGGAACUUCUGCCAAGAUUGCAAAGAGUGGGCUGAAUGGAGUGGACAGCUUCCCUCUGGUGAAAGACAGCAUCGAGUGGCCGAAUGGAAUAACUCUAGAUCUGGUAAACCAGCGCCUCUACUGGGUAGACUCCAAGCUGCAUUCCAUCUCCAGCGUGGGUGUCAAUGGGGGCAGCAGGAAAACCAUCCUCGAGGACCAGGAGAGACUGGCUCACCCUUUCGCGGUUGCUGUCUUUGAGGAUAAAGUGUUCUGGACGGAUAUCCUCAAUGAAGCCAUCUUCAGCGCCAACCGCCUGACUGGUGCCAACGUCACCCUGGUGGCGGAAGACUUGUUUUCCCCGGAAGAUAUCGUCCUGUAUCACAACCUGCGGCAGCCAGCAGGCGUCAACUGGUGCGAGAACCACCCUCUCCCGAAUGGCGGCUGUGAGUACCUGUGCCUCCCAGCCCCCCAGAUCACACACCACUCGCCCAAGUACACCUGUGCCUGCCCCGAUGCCCUGCACCUCGCCACGGACAUGAGGAGCUGCACCAAAGAUCCUGAAGUCCCUGCGGUCCCCAGAACCACGCCUGGGAGAUCUGCCGCCAGCACCACGCCUCUGGUCCAGCUGCUCACCACGACCAGCACGCUGAAGCAGACAGCAAGGCCGCCGGCUGCCACCCGUGCCGGCCCCGACCUCACCACACCAGAGAUGGUCACUCUGUCGCAGCAGGCUCGCAACGAUGUUGCUGCUGAGACCAACCAGGACAAGCACAGCGGCCCCACUGCGCUGUCCAUUGUCUUGCCACUGGUGCUCAUUAGCUUAAUUGCCUUCGGUGCUUUCCUGGUGUGGAAGAACUGGCGCCUCAAGAACACCAACAGCAUCAACUUCGACAACCCAGUCUAUCAGAAAACGACAGAGGACGAGAUUCACAUCUGUCGGAGCCAGGACGGAUAUACGUACCCAUCGAGACAGAUCGUCAGCUUGGAAGAUGACGCCGCAUGAAUCUGAAUGUGCCUCCUGCCAGACUUUGCUGCUUGUUUCACGGGAGGGAGGGACACACCACGUCUUUCUCCCCUCCCCCCCCCGACUUUUUGAUUCUUUAUCGACCGUCCAACCCUUCCACAGUGCCACACCACUUCCUGAGUAACUUGAUGAGCCUGCGUUGCUUCUCCCCAAUACACUGUUCACCUGGCUCUCAGGGGCAGAGACGCAUGUGGUUUGACUCGUGGGGUUUUUAUGUUUUAUAUAUUUAAUACUUUUUGUAUCUGAUGCAGUCAAUUUCCCCCCAGGGACGUACCUGCUGGUUUUCUUCCGUUUUAUCUGGGGAAGGAGAAUUUUUCUUGCGUGUGAAAUCGGGGGUGUGUGGAAAGAAACACAACUUCUCUGGAUGUGAGCUGGCAGUCCCCACGGCUACAGCUGGUCAAUUUCACAAAAGGGCUAACGGCAGGGAGGAAGGAUGGAGCCUGAUCUAUAUCAGGGACUUUAAAAACCAAAUCGGUGCUACCAUCACCUCUGUACUCAGUGUCUGCCUGCGUGUGCCCCUUCUGGGGAAUGGAUGUUUGCUUGGAUCUGGAAUCCCGCCCCCCACCCCGACACAUAUACAUGUCCCAUGGCUCUUUCCCAAGCAGGAUAAGUCUUCAGACACCCCUUCCCAGGCAAAUGUGGCAUGACCCACGUGCUUCUCUCAGUCAGCGACACUGGCAUGUGAACAGGACGGUUCUUCGGAGAUGGGCCGGUUGGUGCAGUCACCCUUCGUCGAUUGCUGUCGCCGGGUUCAAACAUAACUUCUCCCCCACCCGCCUUGCACUUUUUGGGGUUCUUUUCAGGGGGAGGUUGUGUAUUUUUGGUAACUUUUUUUUCCCUCCCUCCCUCUUGCGCUGCAGGGUUGGCAGAGCAUGGGGGGCGCUAGGAAGAAAUCCAAGUCGGGCUCAAAGAGGUCUCGUUGCGUUGGCGCUGUGCUGACACUAAGUACUGUAUGUCCUCUGCGUACCUGGCUGGGAGGGCAAAGAGGAGCGGCUUGUGCUGGCCAGGGCAGUAGGAAAUGUAAGCCAUGAUAGCGGGGUUUGAAUUUUUAUUACUGUUUACAGUUGCCACAUGCCUUAGCACUUUGAGUCUUGAUAACAACUAAGCCGGCUGCCUUCCCCCACCCCCCAGUUCCUCCCUCCCUCCUGCUUUGUCUGAAUGCUUUUUACAGCCUCAUCCCUGGAACUGCCCUUUUUUAAAAAAAAAAAAAAAAAAAAAAAAAAACAAAACAAAAAAAAAAACAACAAAACCCUGCGCAGGACUUGCGAGCCUGCUUGAUUCUGCGCCCUACCAAAAAUACCCAGAACGAAAAGUCUUCUAAGUUUUUUGUGAACGAUGGAGUUUUUCUCUACCCGUGCUCUACAGUUUAUUUGAGUUAUUGGCAUUCCCCAUGUGCGUAUAUCCUGCGUUGGAGCAACUUUGCUCACAAACGUGCAGGAUCAGGGCUUAAAUGUUGCCUUUCUGAUCUGAUUUGGUACCUUCCCUAUUCAGUCUGUCUGCAGGGGGGGAAUUCUGCAUAGAUGUGAGUUUUAAUGAUAGAGGUGGGGGGAAGCCAGUGUAAUGUUACGGGAUCUAAAGGUUAAAGAUGAUAAAAGGGCAACUCUUCCCGCCUUGGCUUAGCCACCCUUUCCCACGGGCCGGGGAACAUGGCUACAGACCAAUGCAAAGAACUUGCCCCUUUUUGCCUGAAGCUGUGACAGAUUCAACUUUUCUUAUUUUGAAGGGUGUAAAUAAUAGCUGUGUACAGCUUAUAUAUAGUAUCUAUUGCCACACACAAUGGCCUUUUGUGUGUGUUUGUAAAUGUUUGGUUGGAGCCGUUUCCUGUAUGUAAAAUAUGAUUUAUUUAUUUUCUCGA